UCUAAAAAGCAGAGGCUCAUGGGAAUGUCGUGGGCCUAAAACUGGGGUGAACACAUUGGCGGACAUUUUGAAAGCGGAAAGCUGACGAUGAAAGUUACAGUGAAAAGCUGGACAGCUGUGGCCUCCUGGAGAUGGAUGGCUAAUGAUGACAACUGUGGCAUCUGCCGCAUGCCUUUUGACGCCACCUGUUCAGAAUGCAAACUCCCUGGUGAUGACUGCCCUCUCGUGUUCUCACUGUUUCCACAUGCACUGCAUCCUGAAGUGGCUGAACUCCCAGCAGGUGAACCAGCAGUGCCCCAUGUGCAGGCAGGAGUGGAAGUUCAAGGACCAUGAAACAAGACAUUAACAACAACUUAACCUGACUGUAUCAAUAUGAGAGUCUGCUGACUUCCCAAAGUAGGACCCCCAACUUCCUGUAAGUGUAAGGGCUGAAAGUCUGCAAGAGGAUGGGCAGAACAAGCGACGUCUGUGGAGCUGUGUCAUUUUGUUUGCUCUGGCAAGGCUAUUGGCAGAGCCAUUAGCCAACCAGACUCUGACAUAGCCAAUAAAAUAAGCAGGGCAACUGACCUCUACUUUAGCUAUUGGCAGUGCCAUUAGUCAGCCAGAUCUAGUAAAUACUAGUAAGCAGGGCAAUUAACCCCUAGACUAGAAGAAGAGGCAGCCAAGUUACGAUGGAACAUUGUUGUGUCUUCUUGGGCUAGAGGUUGCUCCCAAAGUUCCCAGGACUACAACUGACAUUAAAGGUGUGAUAACUGAUGAGACAUUUGCAACCCUACCUGAUGUAGAAUAAAGGUUUACAUGUAAAUGCCAUGAUUCCCCAGGGGCUGGUACUGCCAAGUCCCUUUUUGUUACAUCACCUGCAAGGAUACUAGUAAUUUGUAGGCCAUGUCUCACAGUGUGUUAGAAUACCGUUUUGACAGAACACACACUUCAGCACAACACCAAACUCUAGACUACAUGUCUUUCUUUGAACAUAAGUCUGUCUAAAAUCUUUGUUGUACAGUAUUCUUGUGACCUUUUGGUCUUCGUUGUGUAAUAAAAUAUUGAUGUAUUUGGUCU